CAACAGAGUAAGGAGAGACCACGAGAAGGACAGGAUGGAUUUAGGGUGGACACUUCAUAGUGAGCGCUGACUGAGUGAGUCGAGGGAGGAAAAGUUGCCACCAGAAGCAGCAACAGAUAAAUUGAGGAAGCUACGGAGAGACAGCAGUGAUGGAAAAGUAUGUGCGGAGGAGGUAGACACCGGGGGAGGAGGUUUCAUUCCCCACAGCUCCUCUCAGGAUUUCCGUCUCUGGACGCUGCUGCUGCUGCUGCUCUAAGUGCCUUCUCUCCAGGGCCAUACUCUUCCAUAUCUGGACCUGGAUUUGGACAAAGAGUGAAAUGGACGGAGUCAGAUAGGACAACGCAGAAUCUAAAUUUAACGGUUAAAUUAAGUCUUUGCUGAAAGGUGUUUGUUGGACCUAAGGAUUAUUUGGCUGAUUUUAAACAUCAGAAGUCCCAGAAGUGAUCGUCUUUUUUAUUAUUUGGACAGUACAGCUUGUUUUCACUUUGCAUAGUCUGUUUUAAAAGAUGAUCUCAUCCUAAAUAUUGUGAACAGAUUCUGCAUAGACUAGAAAUUGUCCCCGACUGGCAGAUUAAGAGCUUUUAUAGUAUGUUUUUGAGUUUUUGUUCCUUGUGGUGUUGACGCAUAUAAUGGGGUACUUCAUUUAUAAUUGCUAAUGUUGUUUUGUUUUGCCGUUUUAUGGCAUGGAAGAUGAGAAGACUCAUGUUCAGUAUUUCCAUAAGUCACUUUUAUUCAGGCGGACUUUCUCUGGAGAAAAAUGUAAGUGGACAACAAAUGUUUUGCUUUUCCCAAAAGACAUUUUUCAUCUAAAACCAAGAUGUGAUUCAUGAGUGUAAACUAUGACGUGAGGACUGAUCAUUUGGAUUAAGAGGGUGAGCAGUUACUUGUGUCUUCGCCAGUCUGAGCUCCUGAGAGAGCGCGCAGGACGAAAGUCUGGAAAGUGACUCUAAACGUCUCCUUUAAUGCACCGUAAUAAAUGGCUCAUGACACAACCCCCAUUUUCCCUCAUGGGUGUAGAGAGGGAGGUUUUCCAUAUAUGUCGGCUCCCACAUAUUUUCCACUUCAGCAUCAGUGUUGACAUUAGAGCAGCCUUCGUCCAGCCGGCUUGGCCUGGUUCUCAUGCUGUCACUGGGCCUGGGAACAAACCCAUGCAGUCACCCACCAACCAGACUUGAUUCCUGUGACUUCUUGGCUCACCUCUGUUGAAAACACUUGUUGUUGACUGGCACGGCCCAGCGUUACUCGGGCCGAGGCUUUCUUUCGUCCCUCCCAGGGGCCAGGCCUUCCCGUGCAGGCUUGGCCCUGAGUGGUCCCCCCCUUCCUGAAGCCAUGGGGAUCCAGGGCAUGGAGCUGUUUGCCAUUGGCGUGGUCAUCAUCCUUUUCAUGGCAGUUCUCAAGCAGUUUGGCAUCUUGGAGCCCAUGUCCUCAUUUGAAGAUGACAGCAGCGACAGUGACUUGGAGCUGUCGACAGUGCGUCACCAGCCGGAGGGUCUGGACCAGCUGCAGGCUCAGACUAAGUUCACCAGGAAGGAGCUUCAGUCCCUUUAUCGAGGCUUCAAGAAUGAGUGUCCCAGCGGGCUGGUUGAUGAGGAGACUUUCAAGACCAUCUAUUCUCAGUUCUUUCCCCAAGGAGAUGCAACCACCUACGCUCACUUCCUGUUCAACGCGUUUGACAUCGACAGAAACGGUUCAAUCCGCUUUGAGGACUUCGUCAUCGGCCUAUCGGUGUUGCUCAGAGGUUCAGUCACAGAGAAGCUCAACUGGGCCUUUAACCUCUACGACAUAAACAAGGACGGCUACAUCACCAAAGAGGAGAUGCUGGCGAUCAUGAAGUCAAUCUAUGACAUGAUGGGGAGGUACACGUACCCCUGCGUGCGAGAUGAAGCGCCCUCCGAGCACGUGGACAAGUUCUUCCAGAAAAUGGAUAAAAACCGAGAUGGUGUCGUGACCAUUGAAGAGUUCAUUGAGACCUGUCAGAAGGACGAGAACAUCAUGAACUCCAUGCAGCUGUUUGAGAACGUGAUAUAAGGAAGUCCGCCUGCACAGCUCACAAACAAAGUAUACCCACCUCACCCACACCUCCAACUCAACCUGGAAUAUAAUGUAGGUACUGUAAAGACACAGGAACUAGACGUUUUUGUUUUUUAUAUCUCUCGCUGCGCUCCUUUAGCUGUAUCUGCUUCUGAUUUAAAACGGACUGCUACAGACAGAAGAUGAGCUUCCUGGGUAAAAAAUUCCCUGUCUGCCUGCUGUGUUUUUUUUUUUGUGUGUCCUUAAUGGAGAAACAGAAGAGCUCCUUGUGUUUUUAUCAUCAGACUAAAAGAAUUAACAAGGAAUGAAGAAUCUUACAAUAAUCCUCUGAGCACGUAAGGAUACUAGCUUUAACACACAAACACACACGGACCUGCUGUUUCCUCGAGACUUUUUAGAGCACUGGAUGAGUUCAACUAUGAGAAUUAAAAAAAAGAGGAAAAAAAAGAGAAAUGAAGUAAAGCAUGUUUGUCAUCAAAUAUGUGAUGUGGAAUUAGCUUGCACUACAGUUUUAAGACUAUGUAUAAUAUGCGCCUGAAGUAAAGGCCCUGUAGAUACCUGCACCUGAUACACAGCUGAUGUGUAUGUAUAUAUGUAUAGUGAAUAGUUAUAUAUCCUACCUUGUAUCAGUCUCAUCUGUGCUGCACUCGGUGAUGGAAUAGGACCAGAAUAUUUGUUUUAGAAAUCUCUGUUUAACAUGUUUAGUAGCAGUUCUUCACAGAUUAUUAAAAGUAUUUAUCCUUUUUUUAAUGUAUUUGGAAGACUCUGUUUAGCUGGUCAGAUUGGCGUCUGUACAGUACUGUGAAGAAACAAACGGACUGUUAAAAGUGUGUUCUCAUGCUGAAUUAAGGCUUUUUCUUGGUUCUUCAGUAUCUACGAGCAUGCUGACUCUUAAGUGCCACAGUAUUCUGUACGGUACAGUAGGACCUUUGUGAUGUCGGUUAAUUAAAG